UCAAACCAGAGAGGGAGCGAGAGAAAGAAAAGAAACAUCAUGGUGGCAUGCAGCCUGGACGGAACGUCUCCUCCUGUCUGACCUGUGAGGGUUGGAGAGGGAGACGGAGCUGCUCAUGGAGUCUGUUCAGGAACGGCUGGUUGAGUUUUCACUGGAGGCUCACGAUCUUUACCUGAACAAAUCUGUGCCACAUUUGGAGGGACCGCCUGAGCCGCUGCAGUUCUACCGAGACUGGAUCGGCCCGAACAAGCCCUGCAUCAUCCGCAACGCCUUCAGCCAUUGGCCAGCUCUGUCCAGAUGGACACCAGAAUACCUCAGGGAGAAGAUCGGGUCAAAGAUGAUCAGCGUGGCAGUGACUCCUAAUGGCUAUGCUGACGCCGUGGCAGGGGAUCGCUUCGUCAUGCCUGAGGAACGACAGAUGAGCUUUUCUUCUGUGCUGGACAUAAUAGAAGGAACGGUGCAGAAAGCCGGAGUGUUCUACAUCCAGAAGCAGUGCUCCAACCUGCUGCAGGAGCUGCCUGAGCUAGUGGACGACCUGGAGCCUCACGUACCCUGGAUGAGCACAGCACUCGGGAAAUCACCAGAUGCAGUCAAUUUUUGGCUCGGAGAAGCAAAUGCUGUCACAUCCAUGCACAAAGAUCCCUACGAGAAUCUAUACUGUGUGAUUUCUGGAGAAAAACACUUCAUCUUGCUUCCACCCACUGACCGACCCUUCAUCCCUUAUGGUCUGUAUCAGUCAGCUGUUUACCAAGAGCAGGACGGCGGUGAGUUUAAGGUCAUCGAUAACGUGGACUCACACAAGGUUCCCUGGAUCCCUCUGGACCCUCUGGACCCGGACAUGGAGCGCUUCCCUCAGUACCAGUUAGCCCGGCCUCUUUGCUGCACGGUGAAGGCUGGAGAGAUGCUGUACCUGCCAUCUCUGUGGUUCCACCACGUCCGGCAGUCCCACGGCUGCAUCGCAGUGAAUUUUUGGUAUGACAUGGAAUACGACAUCAAGUACAACUACUUCCAGCUUCUGGAAUCACUGUCUGAAAUAGCGAAUGGUUCCUCGUGACACGGUGGCUGCUCAGUGAUAUCACAGCAACAGAGGAGACUCAGUCCACAGAAAGCAGUUUGUUUGGGAACUUUGGAAAAUGGAGCUUAUGGAUUGCGAAACGUAGUGCAACAGCACCUCCUGGUGCUGUUUAUGUCAAACUAAAGAUUAAAAAUGUAAUUUAUUCAAUGAACCUUAGGACAUGAAAUGACUGUCAACUCAUUCUGUUUUCUGGUGUGUCCAUAAAGCUAUGUGUGCUGCUGCUGUUUAAGUCUCA